CCUCCAGUACCACUACAUGCACCGGCCAGUGUAGCAGCUAGUAGGUCCAGGGGCUCUUUCUGACAAGCGAGACAACACAGGAGCUAGUAGUCUGAAACAAUGGCGUAUAUGUGUAUGAUAUGGCUCCUUCUAACCCAAUUCCUAGUACUAUCUACCAAAACAGGUGCCAAAGUUCCGGCGAUCAUCGUGUUUGGGGACUCAUCCGUUGAUGCUGGAAACAACAACCAGAUUCCAACCAUUGCCAGGAGCAAUUUCGAGCCUUACGGCCGUGACUUUUCCGGCGGCAAGCCAACUGGGAGGUUCUCCAAUGGCCGGAUUCCUACGGACUUUAUCGCCGAGGCCUUUGGUCUCAAGCCAACAAUUCCAGCUUACUUGGAUCCUGAAUAUAAGAUCUCAGACUUUGCCACUGGAGUUACCUUUGCUUCUGCUGGGAGUGGCUAUGACAAUGCGACUUCUAGUGUUCUAUCUGUGAUACCACUUUGGAAGGAAUUAGAGUACUAUAAGGACUACCAGAAGAGGUUGAGAGAGUAUCUUGGAGAAGCCAAAGCAAACGACUUAAUAAGCGAGGCUUUACACUUGACGAGCUUAGGAACCAACGACUUCCUCGAGAACUACUACGCCUUCCCUGGCCGGCGGCAAUCCCAGUUCACCAUCACGCAGUACGAGGAUUUUCUGAUCGGACUUGCCGGAAAUUUCAUCAAGGCACUCUACGGUCUAGGAGCUCGGAAAAUGUCCCUAGGAGGUUUACCUCCAAUGGGGUGCUUGCCACUGGAGAGAGCCACCAAUCUGAUGGGUGGCAACGAGUGUUCGGAGAGGUACAACAAGGUGGCUUUGGAGUUCAAUGACAAGCUGAAAAGCUUGACAAUUGAGCUGAACAAGGAGCUUCCUGGGAUCAGGCUGGUGUUUUCAAACCCCUACUACGCAUUCUUGCAUAUAAUCAGAAGACCUUCGUUGUAUGGAAUUGAGGUAACGUCAGUGGCCUGUUGUGCAACGGGGGUAUUCGAGAUGGGAUAUGCAUGCAAUCGAGAUAAUUUGCUCACUUGCACAAAUGCCGACGAAUAUGUGUUCUGGGAUGCCUUCCAUCCAACACAGAAAACCAGUAGCAUCAUCUCCAAUUACCUAAUGAAGACCGUUUUGGCUCAGUUCCUUUGAUUUAGGUUGCUUUGAGCGUAAGAAAUCAUUAUCAUGCUAUAUAUAUAUAUACAUAUAUUCAUGUCCAGCGCGCAGCAUGCAUUGCCAUGUUCAUAUGUUUUAAACAUUAGCAUUAGGACGAUAGCAUAUAUAUCGUACGUUCUAGCAAACGAUAAAUGGCUUGUAAUUUAAUUUCUUAGUACUGCUAUAUGUUUUUAUUUAUGUAUGUAUGUAUGUAUGUUCCUAAGCACCCAUCUUAGAUGGUUUUGGAGGAUUGAGCUAUAUAUAUAUUCAGAUCAAAGCUAUUUCACCAUGGUUAA